AUGGUGUCGGCAGGCUCGGACGCCAUCGCGGCGCAGCAAGCUGCUCAGGUUGAGAAGAUGUCGUUGGAUCUCCAAGCGCUCGAGGCGUCGAAAGGUUCUGCGCAGGCGGCUCUCGACGAGGAGCGCGAGCGUGCAAAGCAGCUGUCCAGCCGCUGCAAGGAGCUGGAGCAGCUGUCCUCGAACUCCAAGGCGGACUUAGCACAGGCUCAGGAGCGCUACGCCGAGUACGAGGCCAUGGUGGCGCAGGGUCAGGACGCGGCAGCUGCUCAGGCGGAGAAGAUGACAUUAGAUAUGCAGGCUCUCGAGGCGUCGAAGAGUUCUGCGCAGGCGGCUCUCGACGAGGAGCGCGAGCGUGCAAAGCAGCUGUCCAGCCGCUGCAAGGAGCUGGAGCAGCUGUCCACAGGCUCAGGAGCGCUACGCUGA